CAGCGACAGAAUAUAUUCGACAUUCCCCCCCUUCUCUUUCACUCUUGUGUUUGGCUGGAGGGAGGUUUGAGUUGCAGACCUGAGGAAGAAAUUCGGCGGAGACUCAAGAGACGGCAAGAACUUGGACAUGUUCCCACAUCAAAAUCUACUUGUUGCUUUCAUCCUUCCUCUCCUGUAUGGCUCUGGAGGAGCGUACAGGCUCGACUUUUUUAUGAGAAACCCUGAGCCAAGGGAAGGCGACGUGAGGCUGCAUGGCUCUGACAGGCCCUCAGAGGGCCGUGUUGAAGUCUACCACGAUGGGCAAUGGGGAACGGUGUGUGACGACAACUGGGACAUGACUCAGGCCCAGGUGGUUUGCCGUCAGCUCAACUUCCCCGGAGCCAAAUCCGUUGUCAUUGGGAAGGACUAUGGACCAGCAAAUGGUCCCAUUUGGCUCGACGACAUUGUGUGUAAGGGGAAAGAGGAACAGCUUGUGUCUUGCCGGUUCGAUGGAUGGGGUAAAACCGACUGCACCCAUAAAGAGGAUGUUGGAGUUGUCUGUGAAAGUGGAAGCAACGUGACCAUACAUGACUCUAAACACUCCCUGGACCACAGCAUCGGCCUCUCGGGUGACCUCGGUCGAAUCUUUGACAGCGGAACCGCUUGUGAUUUCCUGAUCACUUUCCAGAGCCUCAGUGGAAACAAAAAGGAAGACGGGAGCCCAGAGACGACUGAGAAAGAAAUUUGCGCGCACAAAACGAUCCUCAUGUUGUACCCGUACUUCAGCGCUUCAGCGGGGGCAAACAGCACCACAGUGACAGUCAGCCAAACCUGCCAGCCAUUUUUCAUCUCCUUCAUCAAGUACCUUUACACCCGUAAGAUCGACGUGACCUACUCCUCUGCGAUGUGCCUCCAUCAGCUUGCUUCUGACUUUGGAGUAAAGCAGCUGAUGGAGGACGUGGGCCGGCUGUUCACUAAAAUCCUCCCCGAUGAUGCUUCCUUUUACUCCCAGGUUUCACUUUACAAAUAUGCAGUUGAGUCAAAGGACUUGGUCCUGGAGGAAAACUGUGUCCAAUACUUGGCCUGGAACUUCCAGAACCUGACCGGUUCCCCAUUUUGGGCCGAGCUUCCAGUGGAGCUCCUUCGUGCCCUUCUUGUCCGCUCAGAUUUGGUUGUGCCUGAUGAGUAUUUUUUACUUCAGAGCCUGGAAAACUGGAUCACAAACAACGCUGGCUCCCUGAGUUCAGAGAAUCAGGCCGACUUGCUCCGUCUGGUCCGUUUCCCCAUGAUUCCUGCCGAGAAGCUGUAUGACCUGGAGUCCACCUCUCCUCUCUACAAGACUCACAAGGAUUUGUACCUUGAAAGUGUCUUGACAGCAUAUCAGUUUAAUGUUCUUCUCUACAGUAAUCUAACCAAAUUAAAGUUAGACAAGGAAAGUGAUGAUUACAAGCCCAGAAUCUACACAGGGGAGACCUGGAGUGUUGCUAUUGCCCCGCCGACAAAAUCUUCAUCGUUUCGAAGUCGAAAUCAGUACAACUACAGACGUCAAUAUGAUUACGGUUACUACCAAUAUCCUACUCAAUCCACUUUAAACAAGCAACUGAGGACACCUCUCCACAACAGCCUUCUGUUUAAGAACAUCAUGGUCAGCUGGGAGGUAAAUGUCUUCAAAAGCCAGAGAGACUGUUCAAACCGAGGUUUAAGGUGUGAAUCUGUUCCUGCGGUCAGACUGGCUCGCCAGGACUGGUAUGGGUCCGAGAGCAGCAUCCUCUUCCGUAAUCGCCUGCUGGUGGUGUGCCAGAACAAGUAUGUGUGUCAGAUCCAGGGGUUCAAAGGCGACCUGGCUUAUGUCAAUACGAAUAGCACUCAGGUCCUUUCCUAUCCAUGCCCUGAUGACAAGUACACUUACGUGUUUGUAGUGAGACCAGAGCAUGUGAUUGUAGACUUGAAAAGAGAAGAGUGUGGAGGAUUAAUAUCAGUGUCGAGUAGAUUUCUACACUUCAGUUUGGAUAUGUUCCCAGAACUACUUGCUGCUUUGCUUUUCACGCUUCUGAAUGUCUCUGCAGGGGCAUACAGGGUCAACAAUGUCAAAAGAAUUGUUGCUCCUAAUGAAGGCGAUGUGAGGCUGUCUGGGUCUAUGAGCACCACAGAGGGCCGUGUUGAGGUCUACCAUAACGGAGAAUGGGGAACGGUGUGUGACGACAACUGGGACCUGGCUGACGCCCAGGUGGUUUGUCGUCAGCUCAACUUCCAAGGGGCCAUAUCUGCCGUGCCUGGGGGACGCUACGGACGAGCCUCUGGGCAUAUUUGGCUGGAUAACGUCAACUGUUAUGGCACAGAGCAAAAGCUUGCGUCUUGUAGAUUCCCCGGUUGGGGAAAUCAUGACUGCAGCCAUACAGAGGAUGCCGGAGUUAUCUGUGAGCCCCUUACCUACCCCAGUCCUGAUGACACAGAGAGUCACACUACGACUCUGAGCAACUCUACAUACUCACUGGACCACAGCACCGCCCUCUCAGAUGACCUCGGGAAAGUCUUUGACAGUGGUGCCGCUUGUGACUACCUGAUCACUUUCCAGACACCAGCUAGAGACAAACACGAGGGUGGCGCCCCACAGAAGACUCAGUCUACAAUCUGUGCGCACAAAGCUAUCCUCAUGUUGUACCCUUACUUCAAUGCUUCUGCGGGAGGAAAUAACACCACAGUGACUGUAGACACACCCUGUUUGUCUUAUUUCACCUCCUUCAUAAGGUACCUUUACACCCGUAAGAUCAACGUGACCUUCUCCUCUGCAAUGUGCCUCCAUCAGCUUGCUGCAGACUUUGGAGUAAGGCAGCUAAGGGAGGACGUAGGUCAGGUGAUCUCUAAAAGCCUUCCCAAUGAUGCUUCCUUUUACUUCCAAGUUUCACUCUACAAAUACGCAGUUGAGUCUAAGGAUUCGAUUCUUAAGGAAAGCUGCAUCCAGUACUUGGCCUGGAACUUCCAAAGCCUGACCACUUCCCCAGUUUGGGCCGAGCUUCACGUGGAGCUCCUUCAAACCCUCCUCACCCGCUCAGAUUUGGUGGUACCUGAUGAGUAUUUUGUAUUUCAGAGCCUGGAAAACUGGAUUAAAAACAAAUCUGACUCCCUGAGUUCAGAGAAUCAGGCCGACUUGCUCCGUCUGGUCCGUUUCCCCAUGAUCCCUGCCGAGAAGCUGUAUGACCUGGAGUCCACCUCACAUCUCUACAAGACUCACAAGGAUUUGUACCUUGAAAGUGUCUUGACAGCAUAUCAGUUCAAUGUUCUUCUCUACAGUAAUCUGACCAAAUUAAAGUUAGACAAGGAAAGUGAUGAUUACAAGCCCAGAAUCUACACAGGGGAGACCUGGAGUGUUGCUAUUGACCCAAAAUCUUCAUCGUUUCGAAGUCGAAAUCAGUACGACUACAGGCGUCAAUAUGAUCGUUACGGUUACUACCCAUAUCCUACUCAAUCCACUUUAAACAAGCAACUGAGGACACCUCUCCACAACAGCCUUCUGUUUAAGAACAACAUGGUCAGCUGGGAGGUAAAUGUCUUCAAAAGCCAGAGAGACUGUUUAAACCGAGGUUUAAGGUGUGAAUCUGUUCCUGCGGUCAGACUGGCUCGCCAGGACUGGUAUGGGUCCGAGAGCAGCAUCCUCUUCCGUAAUCGCCUGCUGGUGGUGUGCCAGAACAAGUAUGUGUGUCAGAUCCAGGGGUUCAAAGGCGACCUGGCUUAUGUCAAUACUAAUAGCACUCAGGUCCUUUCCUAUCCAUGCCCUGAUGACAAGUACACUUACGUGUUUGUAGUGAGACCAGAGUAUCAGAGAGGUUUAAAUUGUAGACUUGAAAAGAGAAGAGUGUGGAGGAUUAAUAUCAGUGUCGAGUUUCUACACUUCAGUUUGGAUAUGUUCCCAGAACUACUUGCUGCUUUGUUUUUCACACUUCUGAAUGUCUCUGCAGGGGCAUACAGGGUCAACAAUGUCAAAAGAAUUGUUGCUCCUAAUGAAGGCGAUGUGAGGCUGUCUGGGUCUACGAGCACCUCAGAGGGCCGUGUUGAGGUUUACCAUAACGGAGAAUGGGGAACUGUGUGUGACGACGACUGGGACCUGGAUGACGCCCAGGUGGUUUGUCGUCAGCUCAACUUCCAAGGGGCCAUAUCUGCCGUGCCUGGGGGACGCUACGGACGAGCCUCUGGGCAAAUUUGGCUGGAUAACGUCAACUGUUAUGGCACAGAGCAAAAGCUUGCGUCUUGUAGAUUCCCCGGUUGGGGAAAUCAUGACUGCAGCCAUGAGGAGGAUGCCGGAGUUAUCUGUGAGCCCCUUACCUACCCCAGUCCUGAUGACACAGAGAGUCACACUACGACUCUGAGCAACUCUACAUACUCACUGGACCACAGCACCGCCCUCUCAGAUGACCUCGGGAAAGUCUUUGACAGUGGUGCCGCUUGUGACUACCUGAUCACUUUCCAGACACCAGCUAGAGACAAACACGAGGGUGGCGCCCCACAGAAGAUUGAGUCUACAAUCUGUGCACACAAAGCUAUCCUCAUGUUGUACCCUUACUUCAAUGUCUUCUGUAACCUUUACACCCGUAAGAUCGACGUGACCUUCUCCUCUGCCAUGUGCCUCCAUCAGCUUGCUGCAGACUUUGGAGAAGCAGCUGAUGGAGGAC